AUGCCUAUGACUUGGGAUCACGAAGCUGAUGCAAAGCUUCUCCUCAGGAUCUUCACUACCAGCAACAUCAAGCUUGACUACGAAGACCUUGCCAAGCACAUGGGACCCGAUUGCACUACUAUCGCUAUCCAGCGCAGAAUUCAGCGCCUCAGAAUGGAUCCUAGGGCUGGCGGUGCUGUCAAUGGCGACUCUUCGGCCCCUGCUACCCCGGAGAAACGCAAACGUGGCCGCGGAAAGAAGGACGCCAAUGGUGACGCUGCGGACAAAGACAAGGCCAGUCCUAAGAAGGCUAAGAGAGACAAGAAAGAGGAGAACGGUUCUGUUGUUGACAGCGCUUGA